CCCCCCCCCCCAACCGCCCCUUUCUUCAAUGAAAACUGAGAUUGCGGCCAAUGCGGGGGGGUGGAAAAGACCAUGAAAGGACAGAGCUGGAGGACACUUUUAAGGGCUGUUUGUUUGGGAUAGUAUUUGUGGCUUGUCCCCCGAAUUUUUAUUUUAAGAAACAGAAGCUGAGGACUUUCUCCCUGGAGAAACAAAGCGCUUUAACAUCGUCCAACUGGUCCCGCCACAGAGACUGAGCGCGAGCUAACCGAAGUUAGCUGGACGGCUAUCGGCGUCGGGUUUGAGGGGUCGACAGAGAGCGCCGUCGUCAAAUCUAGUAGCAUGUCGCCCUCGGGAAGAAGUAGCUCGAGCUUUGGAUGAGGUUCCGUGGCGCAGUUCGAUCGCAGAGACUUUUUAACGCGACGGUGGGUUGUGAUGCUUCCGCCAGCGCGGGGCUCCGGUGGAGGCGCGGCGUCGGCGGUGUCCCGGGGCUGGCCGCAAACGGUACUGUGGAGACGAGGGGGUCUCUUUCUCCUCCUGCUUCUCGAAGGGGCCCAAUGCCUCGCCAACCCGAGCAAUGCACCGGGUAUAAACCAUAACAACAGGCCGAAUGUGAACGUCUUCAUGAGCGAGGAAGAGGUCAAGAAACUCCUGGGUCUUGAUGCUGAGUUGUACUAUGUGAGGGAUGAUGUGGUAAAUCAUUAUGCCCUUUCCUUCAUCCUGCCUGUGCCCAGUGACACUAACAGCCUACAUUUCACAUGGCACUCCAGCAGCAAGGUGGAUUACAGGUUAGGGUUUCAAGUGGAAAACACUUCAGCCAUGGAUCAACCUCAGAGCAACAUCUCCGCUCAGGGGGAGGUCCCAUGCACUCGUUCAGUGUUCAGAGUGGAUCUUUUCUGCUCUGGAAAGGCUGAUGGAGAGGCUGUGCUUACGGUGCAGUUGAACCUGACUACACCAGCCAACAACUUCACAGUGCUCAACUUCAAACGCAGGAAAAUGUGUUACCGAAGAAUUGAGCAGCCAGAGCCCCCCAAAUUCCCAAACACAAGCACACAGACAAUCGGCCCGAGCAGUUCAAAUGCUCCCACCACAUCCACACGAGUUUUCUACAUCAGUGUGUGUGUGUGCUGCAUCGUCAUCUUUCUGGUAGCCAUCAUCCUUGCUGUGUUACACCUUCACAGCAUGAAGAGAGUGGAAAUGGAUGACAGUGUCAGCGACAGUGGAAGCUCUCAGGGUCUGUCUCAGCCUUCCACCCAGACCACCCAGUACCUGAGGGCAGACACCCCCAACAACGCUACACCUGUCACCAAUGCUCAUACUGGCUCUGCACCCAUGCUCCAACUUGCAGGUGCCUCCUUCCCUCACCCUGGUGCCCCCUCGCACGAAACCAAAAGUUAUCCCUCGCUGCGGAUAGAGAAGAACGACUUGAGAAGCGUCACUCUCCUUGAGGCCAAGGCAAAGGUCAAAGACAUCGCCAUUUCCAGAGAGAGAGUCACACUCAGAGACGUCUUGCAUGAAGGGACCUUUGGCCGCAUUUUUCAUGGAGUCUUGCUUGACGAGAAGGACCCAAGCAAAGAGAAACAAGUCUUUGUGAAAGCAGUGAAAGAUCACGCCUCAGAGGUACAGGUGACCAUGAUGCUUACAGAAAGCUGUAAACUACGUGGCCUUCAUCACAGGAACCUGUUACCCAUCAGCCACGUGUGUAUAGAAGAUGGUGAGAAGCCCAUGGUCCUGUUGCCCUACAUGAACUGGGGAAAUCUUAAGCUUUUCCUGCGCCAAUGUAAGCUUGCUGAGGCCAAUAACCCACAGGCAAUCUCUCAACAAGACCUGGUCCACAUGGCAAUACAGAUUUCAUGUGGGAUGAGCUACCUGGCACGGAGAGAGGUUAUUCACAAAGACCUGGCUGCCAGAAACUGUGUAAUUGAUAACAGUAUGCAAGUGAAGAUCACAGACAAUGCGCUGGCCCGUGAUCUCUUUCCUAUGGACUAUCACUGCCUCGGGGACAAUGAGAACCGACCCGUUCGCUGGAUGGCUUUGGAGAGUUUGCUUAACAAUGACUUCUCUAGUGCCAGUGAUGUGUGGGCUUUUGGGGUUACUCUCUGGGAGCUGAUGACCUUGGGACAGACUCCUUAUGUUGACAUCGACCCCUUCGAGAUGGCUGCCUAUCUGAAGGACGGCUACAGAAUAGCACAACCCAUCAACUGCCCCGAUGAACUAUUUGCAGUGAUGGCCUGUUGCUGGGCCUUGGAUCCUGAGGAGAGACCAAAAUUCCAACAGCUCGUCCAGUGCCUCACUGAGUUCCACGCAGCUUUAGGGGCCUACGUUUAAACUCGCUCAAACCAGCCGAGUUGUUGAACAGCACUAUUCCAGAGAGUGAAAGUUAAUGCAGUGCCUUACUUAAUAAGAAAACUAUUAGUAACUUUUGUUUCAUGCGAUAUGGAAUGUGGCUUGGUUUGGAGGUCCGUAUCUUUUGUAUAUCACACCUGCGUGAAUAUUGAGGACUAUUUCUGAUUCUCAUGAAUAUCAUCCAAUCUUGUUUGGAAUGCUGGUAUUAGGGUGUCCACAGGAAGCUGCUGUUCUCUUUGUUUCACGAAGAAGCUUUUUUUUCUUUCAUAAUAAUAGAAAUUACAAGACACUGACCUAAAGGUCUGGUAAUUUCCUUUUGGAUAUUUUAAAUAUUGCUUGGAGUAAUCUGUACAUAGAUUUUCAAAAGACUUCAGUGAGAGAAGCUUCAUCUCCACUACAUUUGGUCUUGCAUUUAUUUGUUUUAAAAAGAGAGCACGGGUCUCCACUGCAUUAAAUGUGCAGAAAAAAAUGCCUCAUCCUGGGUACGGCAAUUGGUACGUAAACUAAAUUCAGAAAAAGGAAGGGUUUUAUUUUUCCUUUUAGGACUAAAGAUCAUGGAGCCCUACAGCUGACCAUAAGCUUUACCUCCUUAAAUUAUGAGGUGGUCAUGGAGGUUUGAAGCAGCAUGUUGGGAUCCUGCAAGUCAAACUGGACUUUAGUACAGGGUUUUUUUCAAAUUCCUAAAGCUUUUGAUGUUUGACUGUUCUGUGUCAGAACAAUGCCUUCCUUGUAUGUUUAAAAUCUGUAUGAAUACAUGGACAAGAAAAGAAACAUUGAGUCACUGUGAAUAUUUGAAGUGUAUGGUCUAGACUCCAUUUUCAAAUCCUUUGUUCUCCAUCUAAAGGCUCUUCUUUCUAUCCUUGUGAUCACUGCAUGUUGAUUUUUUUUUUUAAGGGUUUUGUGUAAACUGAAUUCAUACCUAUCUAUUAAACGAGGCCUCUAAAUAAAAUGGGAUCUCAGUUUUA